ACAAAGGAAACUUUUGGAGUUGUGGGUAUUUACGGGUUAUUAUGCAGUGAUUUUACUGAUCACUGAAGAUCAAAUUGGACUGAAUGUGGCCCCUGAACUAGAAUGAGUUUGACACUCCUGUUCUAUACUCAAGGCCACAAAAGUAAAGCAACAGAGAAUUGUUCAGUUCUUUCUAUUUCUAUCCUCAUUUCAUUUUUUAUUUUUUUUUUUACCAAAGCCCCAGCGGAGAAAGGAGAUGCUCCUCCCCUGGUCUCGCCGUGGUCUUCCAACAGACACCAGGCGUCCGACAGAGAGCGAGAGCUGGAGAAGCUGGUCUUCAUGUUGGUCAACCACACAUCCCACACCGACCUUAAAUCCCCCGUCAGCGAAUGUCCGCUGUGUGAAAAGUCUCUUUCAGAAGUGCAGCUAUCAAGAGGUGGUCUGCAGCCUCAUGUCUACAACGCCCUGUCUGUCCCACUGACUUUAUCACCCACAGCCACAGACAUGCCUCACAUGGGCUUUGGCUUCAGAGCGGUUGGCAGCUACGGCAGAGCAAAGGAGCGUACCUUUGGCUGCAAGGUUUGCGGAAAAGUGUUCAAGCGCUCGUCCACCCUGUCCACACACCUCCUCAUCCACUCGGACACCCGGCCUUACCCCUGCCAGUACUGCGGGAAGAGAUUCCACCAGAAGUCAGACAUGAAGAAACACACCUUCAUCCACACAGGUGAGAAACCACACAUCUGCAAAGUGUGCGGGAAAGGAUUCAGCCAGAGCUCCAACCUCAUCACCCACAGCAGAAAGCACGGCAGCUACCGGCCGUUCAGCUGCCCCCGCUGUCAGCACAGCUUCCAGCGCAGGGUGGACCUGCAGCGCCACCAAGAGACUCAGUGUGGCUAUGGACACCUGUACACUCCAAUCUGAGGGCAGGAAGCGAUGGCAACACUUUGAGAAAUGGCAUCUGUAUAUAAUAAUAACAUUCACUAUUGUAAAAGUCAGGAAGAAAACAUCAAUUCAAUGAUAGCAUGCAUUUUGUAUAAAUAAAGCUGUACUGGUUUGCUUAAGGAACAUCAUUUUAUCAUCCUUGUGUUUGUGUGAAGUUGAGAAACUCUGUGAUCUUUAUUAAGAAAGCAAAGCAAAAGUUAUUCACAAAUAAUACUGGGGAUGUUUACAAAGGAUGUGCCAGACAGCAGUGUUCUUAAAGUAACAAUAAUCAGUCAUUUUGAGAGAUUACUUCCCUUAAAAAGUUGUGCGAUCGCAGUGUGUAUGUGUGUGUGCGAUUGCCCCAUUAUAUCCUGAUGGAGACGACUGAUGAUGAUCCACUCACAGGAUGCACUGACUUCUGCAAGUCUAUUUUAAAAUUACUUUCUGUGAACGAAAGAAAAACACACCUGUGAAUUUGUAACACCAUUUCCACAGUACGCCUGAUUAAAAGGUACAUUGAUCAAUAUUUUUAGAUAAACCAUACACUAGCUCUCAAAAGUUUGGAGUCAUCCAGACAAUUUUAUGUUUUCCAGGAAAACUCAUGAGCUAAUAUAAUUGCACAAGGGUUUUCUAAUCAUCAAUUAGCCUUUCAGCACCAUUAGCUAACACAAUGUAGCAUUAGAACACAGGAGUGAUGGUUGCUGGAAAUGUUCCUCUGUACCUCUAUGGAGAUAUUCCAUUAAAAAUCAGCUGUUUCCAUCUAGAAUAAUCAUUCAGCAAUGUCUAGAUGGGACUUCUGAUCAAUUUAAUGUUAUCUUCAUUGAAAAAUAAACCGCUUUUCUUUCAAAAAUAAGGACAUUUCUAAGUGUCCCCAAAUGUCAAACGACUGUUAUGUGAAGGCUGUUUCUUACAGGAACAAAGCCACUGAUAAUAAUCUACAGCUCAGUACUUCCUCACAGCUGUACUCAGCAUUUCACCACUUCCCCACGUGCAGCUUUAAUGUUAUUGCAUUAAACUUCUCUAUUUUAUCAGAUAUUUUUAGAAAACUUCUACUCUGCUCUGGAGCUUGUAGCUGCAAAGGAGUGACUUACAAAACCGAGCAAAGAGUGAAUCCUGAACUUACAUUCAUGAAGGGAGC